UUAGUAUUUUUGUUUGUUUUGUAAGAAAGUGUGCUAACAACUGAUAUGCAAUGUAUUAGUUCGGUUCCAUCAUCCCAAUGAGAGUAGUAUGUUGAAGGAGAGCAGAGGGAGGUGCGAUUUUAUGUGGAGUGAACCCAUUUGCCAGCACACACAGGACCAUGGCACUCUCGUGAGAUAAACGAAAGGGGAAAUUUUUUUAUAGCCCGUACCUUACCCUAAGCACUUUCUCUGUACCUUACACAGCCCAUUAUCCUACUCCACCCACCAAUAUCCCCAAUUUUCAAGGGAUCCCUUUCCACUGCAUUUUGAAUCCUCUUUUUAGUGCAGUUAAACGAUAACUAACCUCUAAUGAUAAUAAUAAGCGUUAAAUGCACGUCGAGACAGUUUCAGCAAGUUUCUCUCACCCAUUACCCCAAAUGUUGUUUUCCCUCUCUGGGUUUUACUUACUGUGUCCCGAUCUAGUUGGGUUUGGGCUUUAUCUGAUGAGAAAAGCAUACCCACUUCAGUUUCUUGGACAUGAUUGGCAAAUUAGUUCUCCAACAGAUCUGAGUCUCUGUAAAGAUAUUUGCAGCACCGCAAAGGAUCUCCUUUGUAUAUAACUUGGUACGAAUCUGGUUAGCUCCAUGAAGUUUUCGAUCAAUGUGGUCCAAUAGGGAAAGUUAGUUAGGGUGAAUGGAUGAUUGUGAAUCAGGGCAAGCAUCAAGGAAGAGCAAAGCUGCGGAGAGCCCAAGAGUAAGACCACCGCUGGUUCUGGCAGAAAAGAACAAUGCAGCCACAGCAGCCACCACCAGACGCUCAACAACAAGGGAAGUUAGUUCUAGAUAUAAGUCACCCACUCCUGUUACUCCGUCUGGUACUCGUAGAUGCCCAUCACCAAACCUUACAAGAACGACGUCUGCCUCAACCUCACAGUUGUUUCCAAAGAGGUCUCUCUCUGCAGAAAGGAAGAGGCCUUCAACUCCUCCCUCCCCAACUGCACGAAGACCUUCUACACCAACCAAUGAUGCAUCUGUUGAUGGGAAAUUGUUGUCCAGAAGGGUCACGGGUAGCCGUUUGCCAGACAGUCUAUGGCCUUCCACAAUGCGAAGUCUGAGUGUUUCUUUUCAGUCAGAUACCAUUUCCAUACCUGUUAGCAAGAAAGAGAAGCCAGCUGCUAAUGCUUCUGAUCGGACUCUGCGACCGUCUUCAAAUGUGGCGCACAAGCAGGCUGAAACUCCAACCGUAAGAAAGCCUACGCCAGAGAGAAAGAGGAGUCCUCUUAGAGGGAAGAACGCUUCUGAUCAGUCUGAGAAUUCAAAACCAGUUGAUAGCUUGUCUUCUCGGUUGAUAGAUCAACAUCGUUGGCCCAGUAGGUUAGGUGGGAAGGUAUUCUCUAAUGCAUUGAACAAAAGCUUUGAUUGUGCUGCUUUGAACACUUCAGUUCAGGGAACUGGUGUUUCUUCACCGAGAAGGUUGUCUAUAUCAGAUGAAUCACGUAAACCCUUGCAAAGGUCUUCCAGUGAUGCUGUAAGGCUGGUAUCACUUGUUGGAAGUGGCAGAAUAGGAAGCGGGGUGAGAUCAGUUGAUGACUGCUCUCCACGUGAAUUGAGACCUCACAAAUCUGCUUCUGCAACUACAAUUGCAUUGGCUGGAGUCAGAUCUCAGUCCAUGUCAACGCCAGGAUCACGAGUGUCUUCACCGAGUAAGACCUCGGUGCUAUCCUCUCCUAGUUCAAGAGGUGUCAGUCCAUCUAGGUCAAGACCGUUAACUCCUCCUUCUAGAGGGGUCAGUCCUUCUCGAAUUCGGCCAACCAAUUCAUCCAUUCGAUCAAACAAUUCAAUCUCAGUGCUCAGCUUUAUUGCUGAUUUUAAAAUGGGGAAAAAGGGCGUAUCCCACAUAGAAGAUGCUCACCAAUUACGGCUUCUCUACAAUAGAUACUUGCAAUGGAGGUUUGCCAAUGCAAGAGCUGAGGAUGUUCUUUAUAUCCAAAAUGCAAUUGUGGAGAAAACUCUCUAUAAUGUAUGGAUUACUACUUUGUCCCUGUGGGAGUCUGUGCUUAGGAAGAGGAUCAAUCUUCAGCAGCUAAAGCUUGACCUUAAGCUGAAUUCUGUUUUGAAUGAUCAACUGAUGACCUAUCUUGAUGAUUGGGCUGUACUUGAAAGAGACCAUAUUGAUGCUCUAUCUGGAGCCGUGGAAGACUUGGAGGCCAGCACUCUUCGUCUUCCUGUAACUGGAGGAGAAAUUGCAGAUAUCGAGCAUUUGAAAGUUGCUAUCUGUCAAGCAGUUGAUGUCAUGCAAGCAAUGGGAUCUGGUAUCUGUUCCUUGCUCUCACGGGUUGAGGGCAUGAACAGUUUAAUUUCUGAAGUUGCUGUCAUAGCAGUUCAGGAAAAGACCAUACUUCACGAAUGUGAAAUGCUAAUGGCUUCAGUAGCAGCUAUGCAGGUUGAAGAAAGUAGCCUUUUGACGCAUCUUAUGCAAAUCAAAUAAGCUUUGGGGACAAAGCAAGUAGCCAAUUUGGGAACCUGACCUGCUGCUUAGCUAACAAGUUUUAACUCAUUUCUUGCGGCUUCUGCCAUAGUAUCAUAUCUAAAAUCUUUUAAGUUUACCUUUGUAAAUUUUCUAAUAGUUUUUUUUUCCAGUUAAAUAUGCUGGAAUCCAUAGUUUUAUUACACUUUUUCUUCUUUUUCCCCAAUACUAGAGGCCGUAGGUUUCAACUUGUAAUUUUUUUAUCAGGAUAAGGAAAAGAAAAUGAAAAAGCAAUGGAGCAAAGUAUCAUUCAAAUUUACCUUUUGUUAUUAUCAUAUUUAUUAAUAGCUAUGUAAUUU